CGUCUUCUCUUUCCCAAACCCACUGCAUCUCGGAACAGCUUCCACUGCUCCGCCCCCCGCCUCCCCCUCUCCACACUCCGAUCUCCGCACCCCCGACCCGGCAGCCAUGGAUCCGGCGCCGCAGACCCACCCGAUCCUCUCCUACGUGCUCUCCCGCAUCCCCACCCUCUCCAAGCCCAAGCCCGCCGCCUCUGAGUUCGACAUCGAGCAGCCGCCCACGCACACCCCGUCCCCGCGGACCCCGUCCACCGCGGGGGAGUUCGAGCUCGUCGAGCGCAUGCCGGGCCUGCGCCACCCGUCCGUGCUCCGCGCCAUGACCCGCGCCGUCGCCGACGUCUCCGCCGCGCGCUCCGCGCUCCAGGUGCUCGGCCCGCGGCCCGACCACGAGCUCGUCGACUCGUCCCGCGCCAUCGUGGCGGCCGCCGAGGCCGGGGACUCGCGGAUCCCCGAGGGCGACGUCGAGGCGUGCCGCGCGGUGGUGCGGCUCGAGGAGACGCACGACGCCUACGAGGCCCUGCUGCAGGAGGCCGAGGCCAGGCUCGAGAGGGUGUACCGGUCCGCGAUGGAGGGGACGGACGUGGAUGACGAGGCGGCGGAGGGCGGGAAGGACGACGGACCCGCGGCGGGCGCUGAGGGCGGGGACGCCGCGGUGCAGGAGGAGGUGGUGGCAGUGCUCAAGCAGGCCGAGGAGGGCAAGCCGGUGGAGAGCGUACGCCUCGUGGAUCGCCAGCUGCGCCAGCUCCCUGAGGCGUUCGGGAGGAUCCAGGGGCUUCGCGUUCUCGACGUCUCGCGCAACCAGCUUGAGGUUAUUCCUGAUGCUAUAGGAGGACUUGAUCAUCUUGAAGAGCUUCGUCUUGCUGCCAAUUCUUUGAUUUCUCUUCCGGAUACCAUUGGACUGUUAUCCAAUUUGAAGAUUAUGAAUGUGUCAAGUAAUAGGCUCAGGGCAUUGCCAGAUAGCAUCUCCAAGUGUAGGUCACUGGUUGAGCUUGAUGCGAGCUACAAUGGGCUCACGUACCUGCCAACGAAUAUUGGCUAUGAGAUGGUCAAUCUGCAGAAACUCUGGGUCCACAUGAACAAGUUGCGAUCUCUUCCAUCAUCUAUCUGUGAGAUGACAUCGCUCUACCUCUUGGAUGCCCAUUUCAAUGAACUAUGUGGUCUGCCAUCUGCCUUUGGGAAACUUAGCAGUCUUGAAAUUCUCAACCUUAGCAGCAACUUUAGUGAUUUGAAGGAGCUCCCCGCUUCAUUUGGUGACUUGUUGAAUCUGCGUGAGCUUGACCUGAGCAAUAACCAGAUCCAUGCUCUUCCUGACACUUUUGGUCGUCUGGAUAAAUUGGAGAAGGUUAACUUAGAGCAGAACCCCCUGGUGAUGCCACCGAUGGAUAUUGUGAACAAGGGUGUUGACGCGGUGAAAGAGUUUAUGUCAAAGAGGUGGUUGGACAUCUUGCUCGAGGAAGAACAGAGGCGCAUCGCGGCGGAGAUCCCACAAGCAUCAUCAACUCCCAAGGCUUGGUUGGCACGCAGUGUCUCCUGGGUCACAGAUGUUUCUGGGAGCCUCGUAGGGUACCUUAGUGGGAAUGAGAAGUCAGAAAAGGAUGCAUAUCUGGACCAGCAGUUCUGAUUCCCGAGAGUAGACCUCAAUUGCCUAGUGUGUGCGUGUGCGUGUGCGCCUCAUGUACAGACAAUUAUAGUUUUAUCAAACCUUGACUAGGAAUCAUUUUGUGUUCCUGGUGAGUCAGGUCAUAUAAUCUUUACUGUGGUCUUACUCCAUUGAAUAAAUAGUCUGGAAACUAAUAGGACUUGAGAGUACACUCAAGAUAGCUAUUGUGAAGAGAUAAACUUGUAUUGAUUUUGUUCGAUUUCUGCUGUGAA